AUGUGCGGCAUACUGGCGGUGCUGGGCUGCGCCGAUGACACCCAGGGGAAGAGAGUGCGCGUGCUCGAGCUCUCGCGCAGGCUCAAGCACCGCGGCCCCGACUGGAGCGGCAUGCACCAGGUCGGCGACUGCUACCUCUCCCACCAGCGCCUCGCCAUCAUCGACCCUGCCUCUGGCGACCAGCCCCUCUACAACGAGGACAAGUCCAUCGUCGUCACUGUGAAUGGAGAGAUCUACAACCAUGAACAGCUCCGGGCGCAGCUCUCCUCCCACACGUUCAGGACAGGCAGCGACUGCGAGGUCAUCGCGCACCUGUACGAGGAGCACGGGGAGAACUUCAUCGACAUGCUGGAUGGUGUCUUCUCCUUCGUCUUGCUCGACACACGCGACAACAGCUUCAUUGCUGCCCGUGAUGCCAUUGGCGUCACACCCCUGUAUAUUGGCUGGGGAAUUGAUGGGUCGGUGUGGAUAUCAUCAGAGAUGAAGGGCCUGAAUGAUGAUUGUGAGCACUUUGAGAUCUUUCCUCCUGGCCAUCUCUACUCCAGCAAGCAGGGAGGCUUCAAGAGAUGGUACAACCCACCUUGGUUCUCCGAGGUCAUUCCUUCAGUGCCAUAUGAUCCACUUGCUCUCAGGAAGGCUUUUGAAAAGGCUGUCAUCAAGAGGCUUAUGACGGACGUUCCAUUCGGUGUUCUACUCUCUGGUGGCCUAGACUCAUCAUUGGUUGCAGCCGUUACAGUUCGUCACCUGGCAGGGACAAAGGCUGCAAAGCGCUGGGGGACUAAGCUUCAUUCUUUUUGUGUCGGACUUGAGGGGUCACCUGAUCUGAAGGCCGCAAAGGAGGUAGCCAAUUACCUGGGGACCAUGCACCAUGAGUUCACCUUCACUGUUCAGGUAGACGGCAUUGAUGCAAUUGAGGAUGUGAUUUAUCACACCGAAACAUAUGAUGUGACGACAAUCAGGGCAAGCACGCCAAUGUUCCUGAUGUCACGCAAGAUCAAGUCACUUGGCGUCAAGAUGGUCAUCUCUGGUGAGGGUUCCGAUGAGAUUUUCGGAGGGUACCUCUACUUCCACAAGGCACCCAACAAAGAGGAGCUCCACCGUGAGACAUGUCAAAAGAUCAAAGCUCUGCAUCAGUACGAUUGCUUGAGGGCCAACAAGGCAACAUCUGCAUGGGGACUCGAAGCACGUGUGCCAUUCCUGGACAAGGAGUUUAUCAAUGAGGCAAUGAGCAUAGAUCCUGAGUGGAAGAUGAUCCGACCUGAUCUUGGAAGAAUUGAGAAGUGGGUGCUGAGGAAAGCAUUUGAUGACGAGGAGCAACCAUUCCUGCCAAAGCACAUUCUGUACAGGCAGAAAGAGCAGUUCAGUGAUGGUGUUGGCUAUAGCUGGAUUGAUGGCCUAAAGGCUCACGCAGAAUCAAAUGUGACCGAUAAGAUGAUGUCAAAUGCAAAGUUCAUCUACCCGCACAACACCCCGACUACAAAAGAGGCCUACUGUUACAGGAUGAUAUUUGAGAGGUUCUUCCCCCAGAACUCGGCGAUCCUGACGGUGCCAGGCGGGCCAAGCGUUGCAUGCAGCACGGCAAAGGCGGUAGAGUGGGAUGCUCAGUGGUCGGGGAACCUGGAUCCCUCAGGGAGAGCAGCACUUGGAGUCCAUCUCUCGGCCUAUGAACAGGAGCAUCUCCCAGCAACCAUCUUGACAGGAACCAGCAAGAAGCCGAGGAUGAUCGAGGUUGCAGCGCCUGGUGUCGCAAUUGAGAGUUGA